AUGGACAAGAAAAAAUCACCUAAACUUCCCAAAAAAACACCUCCUUCAACCCCUCAGAUCAAUUCCAGCAAGAUUCCAUCAUGCUCAAACCCUCCUAAAAAGACCGGUUCUGCCCCCAAAAAGCCAAUUCAAGAUUACAGUAAUCAAGUCGAAAACUGAAUUCACCUUUUUCGGCAUCUUAACAAUGCUAUUGAAGAUCUCUUCACAAUGUGCACUAACGAAAAUUUCUCAGCAUUUACUGAUGGCGCUAUAGAAACCCUCGAACAUUCCUUACUCCCCCCCUCUGUGAGUGAACAAAACCAUUAGAAAAAUCGCUAUUUUUUGCACAAAAACCCACCCUCCGUGAGAUAACAAAAAUUUUUUAUGGAAAAAAAAAUUUGAUAUAUAAAUGAUAAUUAGUAUAAUGAAAUCUAGAGCUAAUUCUGUUUAAUUUUAAACGAAUCGCUUUUUAAAACAUAAACUUUAUAAAUUAAAUUAACAUUUGCUUUCCAAUUUUUACGAAUUAGGGUUUUUUUUAAAAUUUCGAAAAAAAAAUAUUUUUUAUAAAAUUUAUAUAUAAAUUUUUUUAAAAAAAAAAUUAAACCCCUCCGUGAGUGAACAAAAUUUUUUUGUUCACUCACGGAGGGGGGGGGAGUUAGAAGAAUUUAGAAAUUUGCGACAAAAGCAAAGCGGGAACACAAGCGUUGAUAUUUCUGAUCCUUCCGGAAGUGUCGACGGUGAGCUUUUAAGACAGUAUUUAGACGAUGGCUUAAGUCCUGUCCAAGCCUUAGUCCUUCUGAUCCGAGAAAGAGCUGCUGAAGAAAGUGACGAAAUUGAAGAAGAAAGCUGAGAAGAACUCUCCGUCAUUUCUUUUGAUUCCGACAAACGCUGCAAAUCACUUUCUCCUGGAAGAGUAGACCGGAUCAGAAAGCUUGAAGAAAAACUAUUCAGAGAAAAACCAAGCCCUGUAGAGGUCAAGCAGAAAAUUGACGACAAACAAAAGCGCGCUGAAUGAAAACGUAGCCUUAUUGACAUGAAAAGGCAAGACGUCGCUUUACAAAAGCAGAGGAAAAUGAGAAAAAUAAAAGAGGAAAUCGAAAAGAUAGGUGCAGGUCAAAUGACAUUGCCUUUUUGAUAGUGUCCAUUUCACCCAGACAUUUGACCGAAAAAACCCUUUAAUUUUCAGCCAAAUGCCGCAUUAUUAAAAUUUUCGACCAAAUGCAUUUCGAUGAAAUGCACACUGUCAAAAAUCCACUGUCAUUUGACAUGGAGCCGAAAAAGAUUAAUGAGGAUAAAAAAAGAGCAAUUGAGCUGCAAAUUUUGUUAAAACAAAGCAAGGCUGAUGAAAGGUAUGAAGCACACUUAAGCCAGAUCAGGAAUAGGGCUAAAACCGAAAAUUCGAAGCCGAAUGAGGUUGCGUUUAUACUAGAGCUGCAAGCAGAGGAUAAAAAGAUGACGAUUGACCAGAAAAUAGAAGAUACAAGGGAAAGAAGAACGAAAGCCUUGCAGAGUAUUAAACAAAAACAGGCAGAAAGAAUACAGAAAGAAGAAGCUGCAGAGAAAAGAAGACUUGCGCUGCAGUCGGAAAGGGGAAAUAAGUGGAUGUCAGCGAAAACGAAGCUAGAAGAAGCUGAAAAUCGUAGAAUUAUACAGUAUUUGGCUGAUUCGAAUAAUAAAUUAUUAUAUUAAGACUAAAUUAGCAUUUUUAUAUGCUUACCAAUAGAAUUAAAAUUAAAAUGAUUAUAAAUUUUUAGAAGAAAAGAAAACAAAAGCAGAAGAACUCGGCAAACGCGGCGGCGAAAGAACCUAUAGAAGCAGCAUAAGUAUAAAGUCCCGCGACGAAACUGAAAUAGUUGAAGAAAAAGAAAACGAAAGCUGAGACAGCAGCUCUACCUCUUCAGUCGACGACGUUCCAAAACUCUGAGCCUACAGAGUCUGAAGCACACACAAAGACCCCAACGUAAAAAUGACUUUCAACAUGAAAAAAGGCAAAAUCCAAAAACAAAAAAUAUUUCAGCAGAGAUAUUUAUGAUGCUCUGUUUGCAAUUUUGAAAUCCCCACAGACUCCAGCCCAGAAGAGCACAUAAAUUCAGACAGACAUCAAGAUGAGCUGCGUAGAUUUCUCGUCCAAGGAAACUUAUCAGACCCUGUCAUUAUGCUGACAAGCUCUCAAGAUUUAGAGCAGCAAAGAGACCUUUAUGUAAAAAAAAGAAUGAAAAAAGUCAAGCAGAUGUUGACGAAUAGAUGCCAAAAACAUGAAAAAGUGUGCAUUAUGGGGAGAGAAACGUCUGGGGUGAAUAAAAAUAGAAUACAAAAGCUGGGGAUCGAUUUUGAGAAGUGCAUUGCGAAUAAUGUUAUUGAUUAUGGACAAAUUGAUAGUAUAUUGAAAGAUACAAUAAAAAUACUUGAUCAGAGAAAAGAGGCUGAUUUGCAUGUGAUAAGGCAGCUGAAAUUUAUUCCUUGUUUAAUGGAAAUCAUUAUAAUUGAAGGCAAAAUAAUUUGCUAAUUAAUAUAGCUACUCAUAUAAGAGUAGUCCUAUUUUCUAUAAAAAAUGGUAAAAAAUACAAUAGCAGCUACCAAAAAAAUAUUGAUAAAAUUGCAAAAGAUUAAUAAAAAAGUUAAAAAUUGCCCAAAGCACGAAAUGAAAUACAUUUUAGGCCUGUUGGAAGUUGGCUCCAAAUUUUUAGCAAUCUUUUCUGGGCUUAGUGAAAACCGCACAUAUAUGAUCAUCACAAAUCGGCUGAUCCCUCUUGUAGACUUAGUCUGCUGAAUUUUAGAAAAACCUCCUAAAGCAAUUAUGGAAUUAACCUACCUGUCCCAGCUUUUCCACAUACUCACAAUCCACCUUAAGCAUAGGCUCCAAGCUGAAUAUAGAGAGCUUAGAGAGCUAUAUAUUGAUUAUUUAUUAAACUGUGGCUUGCUUUCCUUACUUCGGCAAAAGCUUCAUCUUUUGCAGAGACCAUUAGAUUUGACGUCCAAUAAUUUUUCCUUACUGCUUUUAAAAUGUGUAGGAUUUUUAGAGUCCUUGAACACUUUUCACGGCUGGGGUCUUGGAAAUAAACCUGCCUAUGAGGUUUCUACAUUUUUAACAGAUAAUUUUAUUUAUAUUUUCAAAGAGUCUGAGCUGGCUGGGAUUCCGUAUUUGCUUUUAUGUUUACUGCUUAAUGAUGGUCCUCCAAAGCAGCAAGCUCCAAGGGUGAUUCCUCAGACUUCUUUGGCAGUUUCAAUAUUAUCAAUGCGAUUUUUGAAUAAUUUAGCAAGGCUUCAUCUGCCUCUGCUUCAAGAAAUGUUGUCAAGUGAAGAAUAUUAUGACCAGAUUGGCAGUCUAACAAUUUUCUUGGUUGAUUUUUUUCCUAAUAAGACAUUUAAUUAAAAUUUUCUAAGAGAGCAUCUCAUUUGACCAAAUAUCCAGAAAAAAGUCAUGUUCUACUCAAAUAUCAUGCACCCGACCAGAUGUAUCAUUUGUUUAAUUACAUAUUAAGAUACUGCACAGAACAUAUAGAUUCUGGGCUAGAAGAUGUCCGAGAACUAUUACAUGAAGUUAUACUGCUAAUUGGGUACUUUGUAACCCAAAACACAAAAAACCAGGACAUGAUGAAUUUAGGGGAAACUUCUAUUUUGCAAAGAUUGUGUGGGCUGCCUUUUGCAUAUUUUACUGAUAAGAAAUACACAAAUGUGCUUUUCCCUACUUUAAUUUCAAUAUGUUAUAAACACAGCCAUAAUUUAUCAAUUUUGCAGCAAGAAAUGAGCGUGGAUAUGCUGUCAACUUAUAUUACUCAGCAGUGCCAAUAUUAUCCAAUUCAUGAUCCACCUAUUGAAGAGGAGAAAAAAGAUGUGAUAAGGUCUAAAAAAUCAUUGUCAAUUUCAAGCUCGAAUUCUUCGUCGAAAUCCAUUCUUGCUGCAGCGUCUUUGAAGCUUGUAUUUACUAACCGAUUUCCAAGGUACUUGUGGGAAAGUGCAGCAGAGUUUUUUCAAGAGAGUUAA